CUCCCGCCCCCACCCUGGGUUGGGGCUCUGCCCGCCGCGGGCUGUAGCUCGUUCGGUUUUGAGAUCGACUGCGACGGUAGCGGCGGCGCGGCCUGUGCGGAGCGAGAGCGGCCGCGCGCCUGCGGAGACAGGAGCCGAGCGCCAGCGUCUGGGCCGGUGCUUGUCAGUGCGGCGGGGACUGCGGAGUCCGGCGGCGGCCGAGGACCCGGAAGCCUGCCCGAGAUGAUGCCGAUGAUAUUAACGGUGUUCCUGAGCAACAAUGAACAGAUUUUGACAGAAGUUCCAAUCACACCUGAAACAACAUGUCGAGAUGUUGUGGAAUUUUGCAAAGAACCUGGAGAAGGAAGCUGUCAUUUGGCAGAGGUUUGGCGGGGAAAUGAACGUCCUAUCCCCUUUGAUCAUAUGAUGUAUGACCAUCUACAAAAGUGGGGCCCCCGAAGAGAAGAAGUGAAAUUUUUCCUUCGUCAUGAGGAUUCCCCAACUGAGAGCAGUGAACAAGGUGGUCGCCAGAUCCAAGAUCAAAGAAAUCAAAGAAAUGGAAUUAGUACAUCUGCUGAGAAACAUACUGAAAAUGGGGUCGGGAAUCCUCGGGUUGAACUUACACUUUCAGAACUCCAGGAUAUGGCUGCUCGGCAACAGCAGCAGAUUGAAAAUCAGCAGCAAAUGUUGGUUGCCAAAGAGCAGCGGUUGCAUUUUCUAAAGCAACAAGAACGUCGCCAACAGCAGUCUAUUUCUGAAAAUGAAAAGCUCCAGAAACUUAAAGAAAGAGUUGAGGCCCAAGAGAAUAAGCUGAAGAAAAUUCGUGCUAUGAGAGGCCAGGUGGACUAUAGCAAAAUCAUGAAUGGCAACCUGUCUGCUGAAAUUGAAAGAUUCAGUGCCAUGUUCCAGGAAAAGAAGCAGGAAGUACAAACUGCAAUUCUAAGAGUGGAUCAGCUCAGUCAACAGCUGGAGGAUUUAAAGAAAGGAAAACUCAAUGGAUUCCAGUCAUAUAAUGGCAGAUUGAGUGGACCUGCUGCAGUGGAGUUGAAAAGAUUAUACCAAGAGCUCCAGAUUCGAAAUCAGCUUAAUCAGGAACAGAAUUCCAAACUCCAGCAGCAAAAGGAACUUUUAAAUAAACGCAAUAUGGAGGUUGCUAUGAUGGACAAACGAAUCAAUGAACUGCGUGAGCGUCUUUAUGGGAAAAAAAUUCAGUUAAAUCGGGUUAAUGGAACAUCAUCACCACAGUCAUCCUUGAGUGCAUCUGGCAGAAUAGCAGCAGUGGGGCCUUAUAUACAAGUUCCUAGUGCUGGUAACUAUUCUGUUCCAGGUGACCCGGUAAAGCCACAGUCUCUCACUAUUGCUUCAAAUGCAGGUCAUGGACGAUCCAAGUCUGCUAAUGAUGGAAACUGGUCAGCAUCAAAACAAAAUUCCAGCACUUCAGUAAAACCAAUACAAACAGCUAAUGUGGAAUGGAAGGAAUCAAACAUGGAUGGGGCUUUUAAGCAAGUAACAAUAUCCAGCCAACCUCUCCCCUUGUCAGCUUUAGCAAGCACUGAAAAGCUGGGCAUUGAUAUUGGGAAAGCACCACCCCCCAUUCCGGGUGCAAGUAAACAAUUGCCUCCAAACUACGGAACUUAUCCAAGCCCUGUCCCUUUGGGUCCAGGCUCCACAAAUUCUUUGGAACGGAGAAAGGAUGGCAGUCUCCCCAGAUCUGGCACAGGCGUAACGAAUCGGCAGAAACCUGCUCCCCUACCCUCUUCAAGCAACGUACACCAGCCCAGUUCUUCACAACAGAUUCAGCAGAGAAUUUCUGUACCUCCCAGUCCUACAUAUCAGCCAUCUGGUCCUCCGUUAUUUCCAUCUGGAGAUGGCAGGCCUGAUCUCCCAUUAACUGUGGCUAUUAGACCGUUCUUGGCCGACAAAGGAUCAAGGCCUCAGUCUCCCAGAAAAGGACCUCAGACAGUGAACUCAAGUUCCAUUUAUUCCAUGUAUCUUCAGCAAGCUACACCUCCUAAGAAUUAUCAACAAGCUGUAUACAAUACUCUAAACAAGUCUGUUAAAGCAGUUUAUGGGAAGCCCGUUUUGCCGUCUGGCUCCACUUCUCCUUCACCACUGCCGUUUCUUUACGGGCCUUUGUCCUCAAACACGUCGCAGACACAGUCUCCUUCUGAACUUACUGAGAAAGAUCAGGAGCAAGAAAAUAUCCCACCAUCUGGUGAAAACAGUAACGUGGAAAACAUCCCUCGACCCCUCAGUCCCACUAAACUUACCCCCAUUGUCCAUUCACCUCUUCGAUAUCAGAGUGAUGCGGAUCUGGAAGCUCUGAGAAGGAAAUUGGCCAAUGCCCCUAGACCCUUAAAAAAACGCAGUUCCAUCACAGAGCCAGAGGGUCCUAGUGGACCAAAUAUCCAGAAAUUGCUUUAUCAGCGCUUCAACACCCUUGCUGGUGGGAUGGAAAGUGCACCUUUCUAUCAACCAAGCAACUCACAAGACUUCAUAGGCACCUUAGCAGACGUUGAUAAUGGAAAUACGAAUACUAAUGGAAAUCUAGAAGAACCUGUUCCUGCACAGCCUACAGUUCCUCCACCUGAAGAACCUCCACCAUCAUCAGAUGCCAAUGAUAAUGAACUACCAUCCCCUGAAACUGAGGAACUGAUUAGCACCGAAACUACCAACCAAGGCCCCGAGACCGCGGAAGAUAACAAUAACAACGUGGCUGUGUUCCCGGCUGGUGAGCAGGCACCACGCCCCACUGUGGAGGUCAGUUCUCCAAAAGAAGAGGAGGCCCCUGCUCCCCUGGUCCCUUCCCCUGCUAGUCUUCCAGUAGCCUCGACGACGACGGCGACGACGCAUAUUAAACGUACUAACCUGAAGAAACCAAACUCUGAACGGACUGGUCAUGGACUGAGGGUAAAGUUUAAUCCUUUGGCUUUGCUCUUGGAUGCAUCUUUAGAAGGGGAAUUUGACCUAGUGCAAAGGAUAAUCUAUGAGGUGGAAGAUCCCAGCAAGCCUAAUGAUGAGGGCAUCACCCCUUUACAUAAUGCAGUGUGCGCUGGCCACCACCACAUUGUGAAGUUCCUGCUUGAUUUUGGUGUGAAUGUGAAUGCAGCCGACAGUGAUGGAUGGACACCUCUGCACUGUGCAGCUUCAUGCAACAGUGUCCACCUCUGCAAACAGCUGGUAGAAAGCGGGGCAGCAAUUUUUGCUUCAACCAUUAGUGACAUCGAAACUGCAGCUGACAAGUGUGAAGAAAUGGAAGAAGGCUAUAUUCAGUGCUCCCAGUUUUUGUAUGGUGUCCAGGAAAAGCUGGGUGUGAUGAAUAAAGGAGUGGUAUACGCUCUGUGGGAUUAUGAAGCUCAGAACAGUGAUGAGCUAUCAUUCCGUGAAGGGGAUGCCAUUACUAUCUUGAGGCGGAAAGAUGACAACGAAACAGAAUGGUGGUGGGCUCGCCUCGGGGAAAGAGAAGGUUAUGUGCCUAAAAACCUACUGGGGUUAUAUCCACGAAUCAAACCUAGACAGCGAACCUUAGCUUGAACCUAUGGAGCAGUGCAAUUUUGCCAUUAUCAGAAGUCACUGAAGACCUAAUCUACCAAAAGAAUUGAAGCUGGAGAACUCUCAUUUUAAUGGUGCUCUCAUUAGCAGAAGAAACAUCUGCAGUUUGUAAGUGAGGCCCUUCCUUCUAAUCUGCCAGCAUCCACGCAUGGUACUUAUAUGUCCACGAAUUCUGUAUUUUGCCAAUUACACCAAGUCAAAAUAAACAAAAGGCCUUCAAAACAAUCACCCCUGUUGCCAAUAGAAAUCCCAUAAACUAGCUGUUAGUUGCCAAAAAUUAAAUCAAAUGUAUGUAAAGAAUUUCUUACAUCAUAAAGUAUUAUAGAAAUAUCAGGUGAUAGUCAUUAUCUAGAACUGAGAAAAGGCAUUUGUGCACCCUAGGCAUGGUUGGAAAAUUGCCCCAGGGGCUUUGAGACUAACACAUUUGGCUGCUUCAUGUGUUGUGCUCUCAACCCCUAGUUAGUCCCCAUUUUGCUUAAUUCUAUUGCCACUACUUUUUUUUUUUUUUGGUGAGGCAAUUGGGGUUAAGUAAGUUGCCCAGGGUCACACAGCUAGUAAGUGUCAAGUGUCUGAGGCCAGAUUUGAACUCAGGUCCUCCUGAAUCCAGGGCUGGUGCUCUAUCCACGGUGCCACCUAGCUGCCCCAUUGCCAGUCCAUUCUUAAAAAAUUAUUUUUACACAUUCUUUCCCUGUUAGCUACUUAAGACAGAUUCCCUGCAAACUAUCAUGAUUGCCAAGUCCAAGGCUCUCUGUUGUAGCACCUCUUUCCCUUUUCCCUCCCCACCACCCCCAUCAUCUUUUUAUUUACCAAAGGAUCUCUUAUGGGAACUUGUCAGUGUUAAUUACAAAAUGCAGGUGGUUCUGUCUUAGGUGUAGAUUUUGAUAUUUUCCAUUUUGUUGUAGGUCUCCCAGACACUGUCAUUCACUUCCACUGUUAAUUUAUUUAAGCCAAUGUAUUUCUUUGAGACCUUUAUCAAGGAGCUUUUAAAAGUGAAAUGAAUGGUUUAAUUUAUUUCAAGAGCCUAACCUCUAAAUAGGUUCCCUCACCUCCUGAGUUGACCAAGUUUGUUUAUAAAACCUUUAUUGAUAUGUGUUUCUUAAUACUAAUAGCUUAAAUUUGUUCUGAAUCUGAAAGCAGUCAGUAACACUGGAGCUAAAGUCAAUUUAAGCCAAGGUUUAAAGGUAUGUCCAAAUAGAUGGGAAUAAAAUAGUUGAGCAGUGUCAGAGCUUGUGUAAGUGACUAAGGGAUGCUGGGCUGGCAGCUGAAGGACUGAACUGAUGCUGAGAACAUUACUCAGUGGUAGCAUUGUGGUGAAAAAAGGAAAUUAAUCGAUGAGAUGGAAAUUCUAGACAAGGGUAAAAAGACGGGUGCAUUGAGCCAGGAGGAGGACAGUUGCUAUGGUUCUCAACAGUCCUAUACCUAAUUCUGGGCCAGUUAUGCAAUAAUGUUGUCCACUAUUUUGUAGGUAAGAGGAAACUAAAGCACUUCACUGGAGUUUGAACUAUAUGUAUAUGCUUUUAUAUACCAAGAGUAUUUUUUUGAAUUUUAUCUUUGAGUUGUAGCCAUGUUGGAAAUAUGUUUUUCAUUAAAGUGUAGGAUUUUUUUCCAUGUAUAAGUCUUGUGUAUAAUUUAUAUAUGUAUAUCUAUAUAUAUCUAUAUCUAUAUAAAAACAAUUGAUGCAGUGCUGUAACUGACCACAUUUUAGCAUUACCUGUGUACAUAUAUAAUAUACUAUAUAUAGUGGUGAUGGAAAGUAAAAAGAUAUUGUUGAAAAAAAACUGCUAUAUGAAUGUGACAGAAUCACUAUUUCUGAGAGCCUUGAUAAUGCUAAUUCUGAUGUAAAUGUGCACAAAUAAACUAUGGUUAUCCCUGA